UUUAUAAAUGGCAGCAAUACCACUCUGCGCCAGCAGAGGGCGGUAUCUCCACCAAACUCAUACCGGCAGACAUUCUCAUCAAUUCCGUUCAGUCCGAGGGAUUUAACUCGCGUGUGUGUCUGGUGCUGCUGUUCUAGCGAUGCUGUGCAGGAGCGCAUCAGUGUAGCUUGAAUUCUAGACAAGGAAAAAACACGUUAUGUUUUAAUAUUAACCAAAAAGAUCAAAUAUCUAGGCAUACACUGUAUUCCAUCAGUGCCGCAGAACCGGCAAUUGAUGCUGUUCGUUAUUCAAUUAUGCUGUUUUUCUAUUGAGGGGGGUAAUUCACAGGCGUGGCAUCUGAGGCGGUUCUACGGGAUACGGGCAGAUCGGUGGAAAAAUGAGUCCACAAUAAGGGAACUUCAUUAACAGACCUGCAUUUUCCUAAUAAACAGUAAUCGCUAGAUCAGGAACCGUUUCAUUACACAUACCGUUCAGAAGAUCAGGCCGUGUCUUACGGUGAUGCAGUGAGAAGCUGACCUCCUCCCCCUCCCCGGCCAGUGAAGAUGAGCAGUGAGGCCCCCCCCUCCCCCUCCCCUCUCAAGGAGCACAGUGACGACCCCCCCUCCCCCUCCCCUCUCAAGGAGCACAGUGACGACCCUCCCUCCCCCUCCCCCUCCCCUCUCAAGGAGCACAGUGACGACCCUCCCUCCCCCUCCCCCUCCCCUCUCAAGGAGCACAGUGACGACCCCCUCUCCCCCUCCCCCUCCCCCUCCCCUCUCAAGGAGCACAGUGACGACCCCCCCUCUCCCUCCCCCUCCCCCUCCCCUCUCAAGGAGCACAGUGACGACCCCCUCUCCCCCUCCCCCUCCCCUCUCAAGAGCUGUGAUGGAGACCCCCCCCAGCAGCAGGACUUCCACCCGAUGGAUCCCGGGAAGAGAGCCUCCCUCAUCCUGCAGAGCCCGUCAUUCAGGGAGGAGCUGGACAGUCUGAUCCAGGAGCAGAUGAAGAAGGGAAACAACUCCUCCAACCUGUGGGCCCUGCGGCAGAUCGGAGACUUCCUGGCAUCACAGGGAGCGCCUGCCACCCUGCCCGUCUCCCCCUCCUCUCUGAUGGUCAUCCCCAUCAAUGACCUCCACGGCACUGACCCCACCACUCUGGCUAAAGGAGAGAGGCUGAUGCGCUGCAAGCUGACCAGUGUCUAUCGGCUACUGGAUCUGUACGGCUGGAGCCAGCUAGCCAGGACCUACCUCACUCUGAGAGUGAGCAAGGAGCAGGACCACUUCCUCAUCGUUCCCCAGGGCCUGUCGUACAGUGAAGUCACAGCAUCCAGCCUGGUGAAGGUGAAUGUUCUGGGGGAGCUGGUUGAGAAGGGCAGCACCGCUCUGGAGGUGGACAGGGCUGGGUUCCGGCUCCACUCCGCCAUCUACUCCGCGCGGCCGGAUGUGCGCUGCCUGAUACACCUGCACACGCCUGCCACUGCCGCGGUCUCUGCUAUGAAGUGCGGGAUCCUGCCUGUGUCUCACGAGGCCCUGCUGGUUGGUGAGGCGGCGUACUUCAGUUACAACGGAGACGUGGAGGGGGAGGAGGACAGAGUGGAGCUGCAAAAGAGCCUGGGGCCCACCUGCAAGGUACUGGUGCUGAGGAAUCAUGGCGUGCUGGCUCUGGGGGAGAGUGUGGAGGAAGCCUUCUACAGAAUCUACCACAUCCAAUCAGCAUGCGAGAUUCAGGUCUCAGCUCUGUGCAGUGCCGGCGGGGUUGAUAACCUGAUCCUGCUGGACAGGGAGAGACAGCGCCCCCACCAGGCUGGCUCAGUGGGCUGGGCGGGGUCCACCUUCGGGCCGAUGCAGAAGUGCCGUGCGGGCGAGCACGAGUUCGAGGCUCUGAUGAGAACCCUGGACAACCUGGGUUACCGGACGGGUUACGCGUACCGCCACCCGGUGCUGCAGGGGCGCUCGAAGCCGCGCAGCGAGGUGCAGAUCCCUGCGACCGUCACGGCCUUCAGCUUCGAGGAGGAGCCCGUGCCGCGCUCCGCACCCCGCCACCACGCACAGCGGCAGCAGCACGAGAAGACGCGCUGGCUCAACACACCCAACACGUACCUGCGGAUCAGCCAGAGCGAGGGCAGCCCUGGCACCAAGACUACGUGGCUCCGAGCGGAGGAAGCCAAGCCCAGCAGUGGCUCUGCCAUCAAGACUGAAAACCCCAACCUGUUUGUGCCUCUCUUCACCGACCCUCGAGAGGUGCUGGAGACCAGGAAUAAGAUCCGGGAGCAGAACCGACAGGACAUGAAGUCAGCCGGACCACAGUCUCAGCUCCUGGCCAGCGUGAUCACAGACAAGAGCCGGAGUCCGUCCGCAGAUACUGAGCUGGCACACGCGGCCGGGCUCACGGAUCCAGGGGGGGAGCCUGAGACAGCCGUGCCCGACCCCGAAACACCCAACCCCUUCAACCAGCUGACAGACCGAGAGCUGGAGGAGUACAGAGAGGAGGUGCAGAAGAAGCAGAGGGGCAGGCAGGACGGUGCUGACGACCCGCUGGCUGAUGAAGGCGUCCCCUCCCCCUCCAAGAGCCCCCCCGCCUCUCCCUCAAAGAGCCCCCCCGCCUCCCCCACCAAGAGCCAGACCGCCUCCCCCACCAAGUCUUCUGCUGAUAAAGAUUCCAAAACAAAAGACGUCUCCAAGACGACACCAGACGAGCAAAACAAACAGCCGGAGCAGAAGCCUGCAGUGGUGCUUAAUGGGAAGGAGGAGGACCAAACCGUGGAGCAGGAGCUGAGCAAGGGAAUGAAGGAGCUCUCCACACAGGGAGAGACGGGGAAGACAGACGGCGUCCCCCCCGUGGCCCCUACCCUGUCCCCUGAGGGGUCCCCUUCCAAAUCACCGUCCAAGAAGAAGAAGAAAUUCAAGGCUCCCUCCUUCCUGAAGAAAAGCAAAAAGAAAGAGAAGGCGGAGUCUUGAGUUGUUUUGUUUUUUUAAUUCUGUUUAUUAGCCGGAUCAUUUUAAUAGUUGUGUUUUUGGUAUUUUUUUUUUUUUUAAUUAUGCGGCAGACCCUUGACUUGGGGGUCUGUCUUGACUUCCCUGUCCUUUUUGAGACCUCCAGCCUUCUGAAUCCUCUCAGCGCUGCGCUCCUUCCUGCGUUCAAGCGGGACUGUCCCUGAGCGCUCGCUGUUUCGAGCCCGUAAAUAUAUACAAGUACAUAUAUAUAUAUAUAUAUAUAUAUAUAUAUAUAUAUAUAUAUAUAUAUGUGUGUGUACUUGUGUAUAUAUAUAUAUAUAUAUAUAUUAUUAUUAUUUGUUUAUUUAGCAGACGCCUUUAUCCAAGGCGACUUACAGAGACUAGGGUGUGUGAACUAUGCAUCAGCUGCAGAGUCACUUACAACUACGUCUCACCCCAAAGACGGAGCACAAGGAGGUUAAGUAACUUGCUCAGGGUCACACAAUGAGUCAGUGGCUGAGGUGGGAUUUGAACCGGGGACCUUCUGGUUACAAGCCCUUUUCUUUAACCACUGGACCACACAGCCUCCUUAUAUAUAUAUGUACUUGUAUAUAUAUAUAAAGAGAAAAGGGUAUUUCAGGUACUUAAAAAGGUAGAAUAGUUGAUUACAAAUCAAUUAUGAGCACUGUUUUUUUGUAUUCAGCCGAUGAAGGACUUGUAGUCCGAAACGUCCUGAUAAUUGAUUUGUAAUCAAUUAUUCUUCCUUUUUAAGUACCUGAAAUAUCCUUUUCUUUUUUCUUUUUUUUAUUGAUCAUUUUGGUACACAGCAGUUUUCCUUUUUCUCAAACUCUCCAAAUAUAUAUGAAUGAAUUGAUUUAUAUAUAUAUAUAUAUAUAUGAUAUAAUAUAUAUGAAAUAAUUGCUUUGUAAUCAAUUAUUCUUCCUUUUUAAGUACCUGAAACAUCCUUUUCUCUUUUUUUCUUUUUUCUUAUUGAUCAUUUUGGUACACAGCAGUUUUCCAUUUUCUCAAAUAUAUAUAUAUAUAUAUAUAUAUAUAUAUAUAUAUAUAUAUAUAUAUAUAUAUAUAUAUAUAUAUACAUGAAUUAACAGUCCAGUACCUUGGUUUAUUUUGACUCUGCUUGUAAGCAGAGUCUUACUAAACUGUAUCAGAAGGAACUGUGAAACGAGGACUUGUUUACUCUGUUAUUUUUUAUUAGGAUUGUCAAGGUUAUUAUUAAUAUUGUGUUGUUGUUAUUAUUAUUAUUCUCAUUGCUGUUAGUAGUAUUAUGAUCUCUGCUCUGAAUAUCUGUUUAUUGGCUGUAGAAUGAAACGGUGAUAUUCUGCACAGUGUAAAGUUGAAGUGACCUGCAGUGCAGAGUGUGAAACGGGUCUCCUGCUUGUUCCAAUGAAAAGACUGAGAAAGAAAGUUAAAGAACGUUAGCGGAAAAAAAGAAUGUUAGAGAGAAAAGUGAAGAAGGAAUGUUAGAGAAAGAAAAAGAAUGCGAAAAAAAAGAAUGUUAGAGAGAAAAGUGAAGAAGGAAUGUUAGAGAAAGAAAAAGUCACAAUGAUCAGACAGUACCGGGUAUACACUUAGCACUGGUGCUGAUUAUCAGUAGGGUUAUUUUUUCAUGUAUAAAUGUACCUGCACUUAAUACAAACCACCCAGACUGCCCCCCACAGUCCACCUGUGAUGAUUGUAAUAAGAGAGUCCACAGCCACGCAUGUCCACACUCUCCCUCUGCAGGCGCUACAACACACACACUAGAAGUAGUUAAGGGGUAGCAUGUUUAGAAUUCAGCUUGGGUCAAUCUCUUAAAAUCGCCUUUGUUAAACCCCCUGCUUACUUACCCAGCGUGUCCCAAAUCAGUCUAAUAACCCCAGUGCUUGUUUCAUCACGAAACUUCGUUCUUAUCAAUUAGGGUUCAGGUGCAACACAGACACCAGCAUGGUUAACAUGAAUUGCCCCUAACUGGGAGUCCCAGUUCAGACCACUUUGAUCCCAGGCUGCUGCUGCUGCUGCUGCUGAUGGAAACGGAGGGGACUGAUUUCAAACCCGUUUUCAACUCGGUUCCCAGUGGCAUAUAAAAACAUUUUUUGUUUGAUCGUGUUUUUGGUUAAAAUUCUUAUUGUAGUGUAUUGUUUUCUGUCUGUUUUUUGUUAUUAUAUUUUUUGCAGAUGUUGUAAAGUGCGACGCUCCCUGUGUAUUUGGAGCGUUAUAUUAUGAUAACGUGAGCCUAAAACAACUAAACAUCUUGUUUUCUAAGGGAAAGUGUUAAUGAAAGUCAGGUAACGUUUUAAAAUAAUAGCCGCAAAUUCCUUAUGAAUCCCCGGGCUGAAUCCCGCAGGAAUAACACUGAGAUAUCUUCUGCGCUUCCUCUGAGUUCUGAAGUCAUUCAUUGUGAAUUCAGCCCCCCCUGUUAAUUCAUGUGUGUUUAAUCACCCGGAUUCAUUCCAUGCUCCUGUAAUGAAUGCUGUUGAUCGUGUGGAUAAGACAUGCAUUCAUUAUGAAUGAACACUUCUCACAAUCCCCAGGUGGGGGAGCAAGAGGGUAUGAAUGCAUGUCUUAUACACGCGAUCCACAGCAUUCAUUACAGAGGAGCAUGGAAUGAAUCCGGGUGAUUAAACCCACAUGAAUUAACAGGGGGGGGCUGAAUUCACAAUGAAUGACUUCAGAACUCAGAGGAAACGCAGAAGAUAUUCCUGUGGGAUUCAGACCGGGGAUUCGUUAGGAAUUUGAUUCCCUUGUUUUAAAGCGUUACCAAAAUAGUUUUUGUGUGUUUUAUCAGCCUUUUUUUUUUUAAACAAAAAUAACAACUUUACACACAGGCUGCCACACUGAUAUUCUUUUACUUCUGUGAAUUGUGAAACUCCGGGAAGUCUGUUUCUUACCUUGUGUUUGGCUGUGUGAAACUGUGUGUCUGACAAUCUGUUUAAAAGGGUUUUUUUUGUUUUCCUUCCCUAUUCAAAGAGAGCUGUUAUUCGUCAGCUGUUUCACUGCUGGCGUCCUGCAGGACUCUGUAAAUAACUGGCACGGGCUGUUAGACGCUGGGAUUGUUCAUGUGUGCUUGUGAUAAUCUGCCAUGUACUCUCUUGGCUUGUGCGCAGUGUAUAACGAAGCAAUGUCAAGUGUUUUGGUUGCAGCUAAGAUUUGAUGUGGCAAUAAAGGUUUGUGGUUCUGCUA